AUAAUGUUGGUAACAGCACCACUAGCAGCGUGAGCGCAGCGAUACCGACGUGCGUGUGUCAUUGCGUUCGCGACGCGCAGAAGUGCUUUCAUUUAUUCGCUGGAGGCGUGCCGCGCGCAGCCAAGCCCAGUAGCCAAAAUAGAGUGUCCGGAGAGCACCAGCCUGCAGUCGUCAAAUAACUCUCGCAGCAGUGCCGCGCAGCUGUCCCAGUAGCCUCAAAUAGUGUCCCGGAGAGCGCACAUCAGCCCUCAAACAUGGCCUCAUUAUUCGGCAAACUAAAACGCGCCGUCGCGGCCGACGACGAAGAGAAAGCCACCGAAGCACCGCCCAAAAAGCAGAAGACCGAAACAAAACCGAAACAAACAGGUGGCCAGGGCCGGCGCCUCGGCGACCUGCGGAAGCUGCGGGGCAAGGCGGCGAUCCUCUUCACGUGCCCGACGCGCAUGGAGCGCAAGGCGUGCCACGAGGCCUGGGAGUUGCUAUCUGAAAAAGUCGAUGAGGAACAGGAAUCAUCACAAAAGAAAUCGCUGGCGGCCUCAUUAAAAGCCGAGGCCCGGGCGUCCAAGGCGUCGAAGGUCGCGACCUACGAUCUAGGGAGCCAGGGCGUCGGCUGGGCGACCGUCGACGGCGUGGAUGUGGUCGAGCUCGCGACGCGGCUCGUGCGCGACGCGUCCGAGGACCCGGCGUCGCUCGCGGCGGGGUCGCGGAUGGUCAUCCGCAUCAUGCCGAUGCAGUCUGUUACGUUUGCUUCACUGAGUGAUCUCGUCGAGGGCGCCGCGCCACUCAUCUCCCAGUCAUUCGGCGGGCUGCGGACGAGUCCCCACAGAGCGAUCGUCGAGGCGUUGGAAUCUAUGAAGACGCGGGACGAGGAGCUACUGAAGACCGCGCGGGAAAAGGCCGCGGCGGAGUCUGGGACAGAGCCGGGCUCGGCGUCUUCAGUCAAGUACGCGGUGCGGCUCCAGCGCCGGUCCGCCGCGGGCUUUCCCAAGGACGCGGCCGUGCGCGCGCUGGCGGCCCUCGUGCCGCCCCAGCACACCGUUAGUUUAGGUGCGCCGGAGGUGACGAUCCUCGUGGAGGUGUUCAAGUCGCUCUGCGGCGUCGCCGUCGUGCCGGGCUACCACGCGAUGCACGACUUUAACCUGCACGCGGCGGCGGGGAAGCAGGUCGUGCCUCCGCCGCCGAAGAGUAAGAAGAAGUAG